AACAGCUGCAGCGAUGGCUGAAGCAAUGAAGCUACAGAAGAUGAAGAUUAUGGCAAUGAACACUCUUCAGGGAAAUGGAAGCCAAAAUGGGACUGAAUCAGAGCCUGAUGAUCUUAAUUCUAAUACAGGUGGAAGUGAAUCAUCCUGGGAUAAGGAUAAGAUGCAGUCUCCUCUUGCUGCUCCUGGAACUCAACAUGGAAUUGCUCACGCAGCCCUGGCUGGCCAGCCAGGCCUUGGGGGUGCUCCUACCCUCAAUCCACUGCAGCAGAACCACUUGCUAACUAAUAGACUGGAUCUGCCAUUUAUGAUGAUGCCUCAUCCCCUACUUCCAGUCAGCUUACCUCCUGCAUCAGUUGCCAUGGCAAUGAAUCAGAUGAACCAUCUCAAUACUAUUGCCAACAUGGCUGCUGCAGCCCAGAUUCACAGUCCACUCUCCAGAGCUGGUGCCUCUGUUAUAAAGGAGCGGAUCCCAGAGAGUCCUUCUCCUGCUCCCUCUCUAGAAGACAGUCAUCGCCCUGGGAGCCAGACCUCUUCCCACCCCAGCAGCAGUGUGUCCAGCUCUCCCUCUCAGAUGGAUCACCAUUCAGAGAGAAUGGUCAUGAUGCCCAACAAUAGAGAGGAACUUAUUGUUGAUCAGGAUAAUGGACCAACCAUCAAAAAAUUCCAAAGGGAUAAUAAGGAUAUCCAGUUUUUCCAGCACCAUUUGCUAAAGAGGUUUUUCUUUCCCCACUGGAUUGUCUGGUACCCUUUGUCAAAGAUCACUUGGCUGCAUCAGAAAGAGGUACCAGUUCAAAUCCCAAUGAUGAAGUCACCUUUGGACAAGAUCCAACUGACUCCUGGGCAGGCAUUGCCCCCUGGAUUCCCCGGACCAUUCAUUUUUGCUGAUAGUUUGUCCUCCGUGGAGACUCUGUUGACCAACAUUCAGGUCAACAAUAUUUCUAUAAACAAAAUAAAUGGUCUACUGAAAGUGGCUUUGGAUAAUGCUCGCAUCCAGGAGAAACAGAUUCAACAAGAAAAGAAGGAACUGCGAAUGGAGCUUUAUAGAGAGAGAGAAAUUAGAGAAAACCUUGAAAGACAGCUUGCUGUUGAGCUACAAAGCAGAACUACCAUGCAGAAGCGACUGAAGAAGGAGAAAAAAGCCAAGAGAAAACUGCAAGAAGCCUUGGAAUUUGAAUCAAAACGCCGGGAGCAAGUGGAGCAGGCACUUAAGCAAGCUACUACUAGUGACAGUGGCCUGAGAAUGUUGAAAGACACUGGAAUUCCAGAUAUUGAAAUAGAAAACAAUGGGACUCCUCAUGAUAGUGCUGCUAUGCAAGGAGGUAACUAUUACUGUUUAGCAAUGGCACAACAGUUUUAUUCAGCCUGA